AUGACCGAAAUCAGAAGAAAACUAGUUAUCGUCGGUGAUGGUGCUUGCGGCAAAACCUGUCUGCUUAUUGUCUUCUCCAAGGGCACUUUCCCAGAGUUUUACGUUCCCACUGUUUUUGAGAACUAUGUAGCCGACGUUGAGGUUGAUGGAAAGCACGUAGAACUCGCUCUUUGGGAUACAGCAGGCCAAGAAGAUUACGAUCGACUUCGCCCGCUGUCCUACCCUGACUCUCACGUCAUUUUGAUUUGCUUUGCUGUCGACUCUCCAGACUCUUUGGAUAACGUACAAGAGAAGUGGAUCUCUGAAGUCCUUCACUUCUGCCAAGGUCUUCCUAUUCUGUUGAUUGCGUGCAAGAAGGAUCUUCGAAAUGACCCCCAUACUAUUGAGGAACUUAGAAAGACCUCACAAAGACCUGUCACUUACGAAGAGGGUGUCGCAGUGUCGCAAAGAAUCAACGCUUACAAGUACUUGGAAUGCUCUGCAAAGGACGGUAAUGGCGUUCGCGAAGUUUUUGAACACGCAACCAGAGCAGCUUUGAUGGUUAGCAAGAGCAAGAAGAAGAAGGGAUGUAAUCUGUUGUAA